AUGUCGGCCAGAAUCAUUUCACGAACACUCAAGGUGAUAUCUUUGCUUUUGUUGCUCCAGGGGGUUGAUGCAGUCACUUUCUUCUCUACUGGUACAACUGUGGUACUGGAUGAUACCCAUUACUAUGUGCCACCCGAUGCUGUUGGAAGAAUUCCGGGCAAUGCAACAGGCGAUUCCGGGCUUCUCCCAAUUUCCGUAAUCAGCAUCAAUGCCUCAUCUGCCUUUGGCCUUCACGACUUGCAAGCCAGGAUAAAAAGGUUUUCCCUAGAGGAUGAUGUGUUCCAGGUUGGAUUCGCAGAAGGUAACAUUUGUUCUGACCAUGCAGCCGAGAAAAGAAAUCGUGCCAUUGGCAAUCAUACCGUACUAUCGAGCAGCUCCCACCACAACGAAACGACUGCCCUUCCAGAUGGCCCCUAUGUUGUCUCUGCGCUAGGUUGCCUCCACCAGGUGUAUCGGCUAUAUGCCGAUGUUCAGAGCGCCUUUAGUGAAACGACGACAAUCAACGCUGAUGGCUCAUUCUCGGUGCUUCCGGCAAAUGUGCCCGGCCAGUCCCUUGCCGUGGCGGUUCCCUCGCGGCUGUAUUAUCGCCAGACUGCGCAAAAGCCUCUCGCGGGUGUUCGAUUGGGGGUUAAAGACAUAUUCGACGUCAAAGGCCUGAAGACGUCCAACGGAAAUCGAGCGUGGUAUCAGCUAUACCCUGCCGCAAAUCGUACUGCGAUUGCUGUGCAAAACUUGGUCGAUGCAGGAGCUGUGGUGGUUGGGAAGAUGAAAACGAGUCAAUUUGCGAACGGAGAGACGGCCACUGCCGACUGGGUGGACUAUCAUGCGCCAUUCAAUCCGCGCGGCGAUGGAUACCAGGAUCCAGGGUCGUCAUCGGCUGGUUGUGCAGCAGGUGAAGAGAUCCGCUCCCAAGCUGCCUAUCCCUGGCUCGACAUUGCCCUUGGAUCCGAUACUGGCGGCAGCAUCAGAAGCCCAAGCCAGCUCCAGGGCCUGUUUGGGAACCGACCAAGCCACGGUCUUGUGUCCCUUGAGGGUGCGAUGCCGCUUGCUCCCCAGUUCGACACGGCAGGGCUGAUCGCCCGCGACCCGAGACUGUGGGCGGCGGCUGCGAAGGCGCUGUACGGCGCAAAGAUCAAGAUGACCAAGUCGUAUCCGUCUCGCAUCCUCGCUGUGGGAUUCCCAACGGAGCCUAAGUCAAACCUCGACGUCUUGUUGCUCGGGUUUAUCGACAGGGUGGCGCGUUUCCUGUCGGCGCACGUUGAAGUCUUCGACGUCGCGGCUGCCUGGGCGGCAACUUACCCGCGCGGCUCCCCUCUCGCGGCUGUCGUCAACAACACAUACGAGAUACUGAGUGCAAAGGAGCAGGCAAGGCUGGUGAGAGAUGUGUUCUAUGCUGACCACGCUGCCGCGCAUGGUGGGAGGCUCCCACACGUCAACCCAGCCCCUCUCAACCGCUGGGCCCUGGGCGACAACUCCAAGGCGACGAUAGCGGAGGCCGAAGCGAACAAGACGCGGUUCAUGGACUGGUUCAACCGCUCGAUCCUCCCCUCGGGCAACACAUCGUGCUCAGAGAACUUACUCCUGUACAUGCCGAGGAUUCCAGUUCCCAAAUAUCGCGAUACGUACCGGUCCGGCCCAGCGCUACCGUCUGCGUUCAACACGAGCCGUAUCUCGGUGAUGAGUGGGACUCCGGACAUGGUUAUUCCCAUCGGCCAGGUCGCAUACCGGUCGGCUGUGACAAAUCAUACCGAGUAUCUACCGGUUACUGUGGAUAUAAUGGCGGCAAAGAACUGCGAUGGAAUGCUUUUCUCUUUGAUAGAAGAUUUAUUUGUACGGGGGGUAGUAAAUGUAAGCAAUGUGGGAAGCACAAUAGAAACUGGAAUUGUAUAG